AUGACUCUCCAGGCCGAGGAGAAUGUGGCAGCCACCAAGAUCCAGGCCUGGUGGAGGGGCCAGCUGGUGCGACGGACGCUGCUGCACGCGGCCCUCCGCGCCUGGAUAAUUCAGUGCUGGUGGCGGGCUGUGUUGGCUCGGGAAUUGGACAAUCGCCGGCGGACUAUGCUGCUGCUCUACUCGCGGCAGGAGAGCGCUGUGGUGAAACUGCAGGCGGGAGCGCGCAUGUGGCGGAUUCGCCGCUGCUUCUGCCGGGCUCGGGCUGCCGCCUGCAUCAUCCAGGCUUACUGGCGCUGGUACGCCAACCGAACCCGAAAACUGCGGAGCAACCACACGACGGCAGAGCACUUGGAGAUUGAUAUAAAAAUUCUCGUUUAG